AAUGACCAUCAUGCUGGUAGUAAUACACAACAGUACUACAGUCAACAGCAGCAGGACCCCCAGCUACAGAGCAGUAUAAAUCAACAACAGCAACAACAAAAUUCAUAUACCAAUGAUGGCACAAGUGAGGCUGCAAAUGGUGGUGGCCGCGGUGGAGGUGUUGGCGGCGGCGGCCGAGGCAGUACCAUAGGAAACAUCGGUCUAGGUGCCAUAAUAGGCGAUGGGACAUUGGGUGAAACGUUGUCGUCAUUGCCGCAGGCAUCCUUUAACUACAUCAACUCAAUUGUAGGCAGUGGCGUUAUUGGCAUUCCAUAUGCGUUUCAUCGAGCCGGCUUUGGCCUUGGUCUUCUGCUACUCAUACUUGUUGCCUACAUUACAGACUAUUCACUUAUAUUAAUGGUCAAGUGUGGUCACAUAUGUGGACGUUUCAGUUAUCCUGGUAUUAUGGAGGCUGCCUACGGCAAAUACGGCUACUACCUAUUGUCCUUGCUGCAAUUUAUGUAUCCAUUCCUAGCCAUGAUUUCCUACAAUGUUGUGGUUGGUGAUACUCUGUCUAAGGUGUUGGUACGCCUAAUACCAUCGUGGGGCUCUUCAAUGGGUGCUGUACGCCUGGGUGUGGUUUUCUUUGUAACGGUGGGCAUUGUGGUGCCGUUGUGCCUCUACAAGAACGUUUCCCGCCUGGCAAGAGCAAGUUUUAUUAGCUUGGCCUGUGUGGUUUUUAUACUCUUCGCUGUGAUUAUCAAACUUAUUUCCGGUGAUUAUAAAGU